AUGUCAUUUCUGGAACUACCACGUGAACUCCGAGACGAGAUAUAUCAACUUGUCCUUCUCCACGGCUUUAAUCCUCGACGAUAUGGCCAAAGGGGACAUGAACGCACUCGCGGUCGAAGAUUAUCAUCACCACCCAAUUUUAGCAGUCUUUCGAUUUUGAGGCUUAACAAGCAAAUCCAUGAUGAAGCGUCUUGGGUUUUCUAUACUCAAAUGGUUUUCCCUAUUCGGAUUGUGGCGAAAUGGUCGGAUCGUGAGUUUGAUAACUGUGAUGUUGAAUAUACGGCUCCGUGGGAGGUAAUCCAUUAUCAGUAUAGGAAGGGGUGA